GUAUAUGUGCACAAUAAGAUGUUUUAUAUGAUUGUGCUUUAUUCAAACACGUUGGGACUAACUUUUAUUUCUUGACAUUGUAUAUCCGUGUGAAUCGAGGUAGAAGUAAUUUUUACAAAGUCUUUGGUUUUUUCUUCCGUAUUCACCAGAUCUCCUGGUGGUCUUCACUUAACGGGGCUGAUUGCCGUUCAAACAUUUUUGCGAUAUUGUGCAUAGGAUCAGUUCAUGCAGUUCUGUAUUCAUGCAGGCAAUGUUGGAAUAAUGUCUGUUAUAAAGCUCUCCAUUAUGUGAAUGCCAAUUUAGUGUCAAAUUGGCUAUAAAAUGACGGAUUGUACGUGAUGGUUGAGGUAUAGAGAACUUUGCAUCAUUGUUGUAUGGGAAUUUCCUGGAUUGUUAGAGAGUUUUAAAUGAAAUGAAACAUGGAGAGGAAUGUUUCAGUGGAUCAUAACUUCUGUUGCCCGUCUGACCCCAUGACAUGCCGGUUGAAUUAUGACAAUGUGUGAUUUAUCGCUUGCUACCAAGUUUUUCGUUGACAACCACCAACUAAUGUCAUUUUUAUGAAGUCUCUACCAUUGGGAACAUGUUUUAUGUGCUAUUCCCACCAAAUGCAAGUACCAAAAUAUAUCGUUUAGGACAAUGAUGUCUAUUGUUUCAGCAAAAAUAAGGAUAUUUGCUAAUAUUGGAUUUUCAUGCAGUUGGCAUAGAACUUGAAAUAUUUGCAAUGAACAGUGUUGACAUUUAACAUUUGGUUUCAGUAUGUACGUCAGCCAGCACAUGCGUACAUGUAAAUGUCAAAGAUUUAUGCUGUUGGUAUUUUCUUUGAAGAAGAUCGCAAUCAUCUCUUUCCUCAUCUGCGUGUUCCUGGAUUGGUAAAGUAAUGUUCAACUGGGAAAUCUUAUUAGUAGAAACUACCACCCUUGUACUGUAUCAUCAUUACAACUACAUUUUCACUUUUUUUUAUCAAGAAAUCUUCAUAUGAAAACGGAUGAGCCUCUUUUGUUUUACAUUUAUGCAAGGAAUAUAUAAAGAACCAAGGUAACUCCUUGGAAGAACCAGGGCCAAGAUACAGUUCUCUGCAGGCCUACAGCGAUCAGACAGGACAAGUAUCUCUACUGCACCUCUUGCAUGACUUCAUACCAAAGGUUCUAGAUCAGUUCAUGUACUCUGAAAAGAAAGAAGAAAAAACAUUUGAACACUACGAGAAGACAAAUAUUGUAACAGUGUCCACCGAUUAUUGCCGAUUAUUGCCCGGGUGGCUGCUUGCCUGUUUCAUGUACAGGAAAAAAUAAUGAGUUUGUUGAAUUUGUAGAGGUCGUCUCCUCCUCUGAGAUGUGGUUUGCGUGGGUUUUCUUAUCGGAACUGUCAUAUUUUGGAAGGAAAUAUCGCGAGGAUGCCUGCAUUGGAUAUUUGGAAACUUGUCAAACUAAAUUCUUGGCUUACAUCGAGGCAACAAUUGCAAGCGUAUGUAGCGUGGGUGAACUCCCAGCUGAAGAAGAGAGCAGGAUGUAGAAUGGUGGAGGAUCUCAGGAGGGACAUGCAGGAUGGGGUGGCCCUUGUUCAUCUGGUAGAAAUAGUUUCUGGAGAAGCCCUAUCUCGUGUCGACUACAACCCGACAUCUGCGACGGUGAUGAGAGAGAAUGUUGAACGUGUCCUACAAUUCAUGGCAUCUAAGAGAAUACGGAUGCAUCAUACCUCAGCUAAAGAUAUUGUUGAUGGCAACCUAAAAUCCAUAAUGAGAUUGAUCCUCGCUUUAGCAGCUCAUUACAAACCAAGCAGCGUGAAGCAAGCAUCCCAGGCCUCCCCUAUGGGCGCCUCACCGGCCACACCGGGGACACCCAACUCCACCCCUCAGAGGAAAGGCCAACGACAGCAGCCCUCGUUCACCGCCAUGGCCGCCAAUGCUGCCGCGGCCAUCCACGACGCGAGAAAAGAAGCGGCCGGAGCGGGCGGUUCAUUGAGGAGGUACAAGGACAUGACGCCGACCCAUAAGCAAGGGUCCUCAAACCACCAUGCAAUCUCCCCCUCCCCUCUCCAUGGUAGCCCCCACCCUGGGGCGCAUCAUACAGGGAUGGGGACCCUCUAUCCCAGCACGCACCACUCCUAUCACCACUACUCUCCGACCACCUCAACGACCCAUGACUACCAACACAGAGUGUUGCCAAGAGGUGAUUCUGGUGACUAUCCAGAGGGUCCAAGAACAACCGGGGCUAGUAGCCCCCUACCGCCUACAGCCAUGGCCCCUUCCCCUAAUACAACCUCAGCCUCGGCCAGCCCUAUGGUCAGCAGGACAGGUCAGCAUGACCUUAGGAGAGCAAUGAGCCCAAGACAACAGAUGAAUCUUGCUCAUGCGUCAGACUCGGAUCAAGGAAGUGCAGGUGAAGAUGGCGGUCCCCAUUCGCUUCCUAGUUCACGGAGGUCAUCUAUCUGCCUGAGUGAAGCAUUGAUAGAAGAACAAGCGCUAAUGGGAGAUAACAUUGAAGAUACUAAGAAGUUACUACAAAGUUUACAGGAGCUGCUUCUGAACGGUAAAAUAGCGGAAGAAGAUGGUAGUUCAGAAGCCGAGGAAGACCAGAUGCAGUUUGAAGGAACAACAGCCAAAGAACAAGUGGUUGUGCUGCAAGCAAGAUUAAACCAGCAGCAGUACGAGUGCAAUCAACUACGUAAUGAAUUAUCCAAAGUCAAGCAAGAUUGUCGCAAUCUGCAAGGUACCAAGGCGGGCCUACAGUCAAGGUUAACGGAACAAGACAAUGCCAUUCUUCAAAUGAAGGCUGAUCUGUUGAAGAUGGGGUUCGCCCAACAGAACCUUGAGGCCGAAAACGCGGAGUUGAAGAGAACUUUAGAAGAGAAAGACAGACAAGUGAACGAUAACAGUCGACAGCUUGGCCAGAAAGAUAAGCUUCUUGGCCAACAGCAAGAACAGAUUGAAAGUUUGACGCAACAAAUGCUUCAUCUCAACUCAUUCAAGACUCAGUUGCAGAACAGACUUGAAGAAUCAGGGGGCUCUAAUAUGGAACUUGAGUCACAAAUACAUGAGCUUAGCCAGAGACUGAGUACAGUUGGAAUAGCUGAGGCGAACCUAGCAGCACACAUAUCAGCACACGACAGAAAAUUAGGCAAACUAGAAGGUCACCUUCACACUCCGGACAGACCACCCUCACUUGGAGAGGGUUCUGAGGAUGUCCAAACCAUUCGCAGUACUCUAAGAAGUCUUCGUAGUAAUAUCAGUAGCCACGACCCUAGCCAUCACCUAUUAGAUUCUUUAGAACAGGGUAUUGUAUCUAUCAUGGAUCAGCUUCAAGACUCACAUUAUAACAACUCUCGGCCAAUCAGUGAGUCUAGCUCGACGGAGAGCGCCAUCAGGAGGUACAACCACACCAGGUCAUCUCCGUCUGAGGACACUCUAAGUGACCGUAAAGAAUCACUUACAAGCCUAGACAGACUGAGUCCUGCAAAUAACAACUUGUCCCAGCCAUGUACUAAGGUUUUAUAUUUCACUGAAAGAACUGUCACACCAUUCAUGUCGUCGAUACCAAAGAGAUUAGGAGAAGUGACCCUUGGUGAUUUCAAGCAGAUCUUUGACCGAGAUGGGGCAUACAGGUUUCACUUCAAGGCGUUAGAUCCGGAGUUUGGAACGGUCAAAGAAGAGGUGAUCAAUGAUGAUGACAUACUCCCUGGCUGGGAAGGCAAGAUUGUAGGCUGGGUAGAUGAAGACACAGGCUGAUGCAGAGGGCGUGGCUCCACUACGCAGAAUAGCUAGUUCAUGUUAAAUAACCUCCCAUUUCAAACCAUGAUUGUAUAAGGAUUAUUUAAACUCCAAUGCCACCUUACAGCUCACGAGUGGUAUGUGACCCGAUGUGGAAAUGAAAUGCAACCUUUGAUGUGAACUUAGAUUCAUGGAACACACUACUGUCUGAAUCAACUUAAUAUGUGCAUAAACCUUGAAAUUUGUAACUAAUAAAACCUGUAUUUGUAAUCCUCUCUACAGGUAUAACAGAGCUGAAAAGUAGUAAAGAUUUUCCGUAUCUAGUAAUGAAAAAUGAGAAGAAUCGGAUGGUUUCAUGCAAAAUACUGAUUUCUAAAGUUUUGGUUUUAUGUGUUGUCCUAUGGUUUUUCUUUGACAAUAAUGAUUUCCUCACCAAAAUACAGAUUUUCAGCUUUAAAGAUAGUGAAAAGUUCUUUUUCAGGUUGGCAGCUCUCUAUAACUAUUAUCACAAUCGUAGUUGGGGGAGGCAAGAUGAUCUCCAAUAGGCUGCUGUACAAAUAUACAACAAUGGGGGGUGGCUUGUAUCCCACUAUUCCCCCCCCCCCCUCCCCCCCAAAAAAAAAAUUGCUGCCAUGACUGAUCAUCUUCAAAUGCAAUGUUGCUUAUGUGACUUUUUUUGCAUUUAGUAACUGAAAUGUCUUAUACCAUAUUGGGAUAGUUCAUCAUUGUAAACUUUGCACAUCUUAUAUCGCAUCUGGAUGUCUAUGCACUGCAAUGCACACACUGGCUGUCUACCAAACUGGAAUUUCAUUUGUCUUCUGGGAUGGUAUAACCCAAGCCCCUGGUCAACUAGAUUUCUCCAUAGAUAAAAAUGUGUUUGAUUUCAUUGGAAAUGGUGGUGACGAUUCUGGUGAUGUUCUUCCAUGUGAUAAGGUUUAGGAUGAAAAGGAACUAGUUAUGACUGAGCCAUUAUUUCUUCAAGAAACUUCUCUAAUUUCCCUGGUCAUUUAUUUUAUUUUUAAUUUUUUGUUCCAUUAUCAUUCAUGCAUACUAGCAAGAUGUUUUCUUCCUGGGAUUCUGGGGGAAAUUUCAUGAAACGAUAAGUAGUGAUUUUCACUAAUUAUUGUUAUAAGCUUCUGCAAAUCCAUGCCCCCAAUUGGCUCAGAGUAGAUUCAUCAGUGAAAGACAAAUGAUCAAAUUUUUAAAGAAAUGCUCAAAUGAUAUUCUUAUCUUCUUCCAUCUGAUUUUUGUAAUGCUACAGUCACAUCGACGAAACCGGCUGAAACUUUAUUACCAUGGCAUUCCAUAGAUCGGUUUAUUACCAAUGGCAUACCAUAGAUCGUUUUUUUGCCAAUGCCAUACCAUAGAUCGGUUUAUUACCAAUGGCAUACCAGAGAUCGGUUUAUUACCAACGGCAUACCAUAGAUCCAUUUAUUACCAAUGGCAUUCCAUAGAUUGGUUUAUUACCAAUGGCAUACCAUAGAUUGGUUUAUUACCAAUGGCAUACCAUAGAUCGGUUUAUUACCAAUGGCAUUCCAUAGAUCGGUUUAUUACCAAUGGCAUACCAUAGAUCGGUUUAUUACCAAUGGCAUUCCAUAGAUUGGUUUAUUACCAAUGGCAUACCAUAGAUUGGUUUAUUACCAAUGGCAUACCAUAGAUCGGAUUAUUACCAAUGGCAUUCCAUAGAUCGGUUUGGAGAUGGUUUCUUGAUGUGACUGAGGCAUAAAGUGAUAGGACUUCAGUGGCAAUUGAAGUAUUGCAUUAUGUAUAUAAAUAUUCUAACUUUUUACCCUCUUUAAAGUAUUUCACUCAUAUAUCAUGCAACUACUCAGAGAAAUAAAAAUCAAACGGAGCCUUGGGGCGAUUUAAUCCCAGAAGUGCUCAAUAGAGCCCUGGAAAAAUCCCAAUUCAUUGCGAUGUUAAAGCUAACCCAAAAUGUUGAAAAUAUCAAAAUUUGAUAACAGCGUACCUGAAUUUGAAAGCUCGGCAAUAUUUUGUGAAAACAGUUGUAUGCACAUGGUCAUGCAUAUUCAUUAGGUGGGCUGAUGAUGUCACAUCCAUACUUAUUACAUGAAAUGCUAGAUUGUUUCAUUUUUUCAUGCAUUUGUGAAGGAUAUGUCUCCUUUAAAAUGAGAUUAGUUGCAGCAAUUAUUAUAUCACACUUAAUCAGUUGUCAACUAUUUGUUUAGUUAUUGUAUGAAAAAAAAAUAGUAAACCUAAUUUCAUAAAAUAAAAUACAAAACAACAAGUGGGGACAUGACAUCAGUUUGCUCAUUGAAUGUUCAUGAAAAGGCAUUCCGAGAACUGUUUCACUGGAACAAUGCAAAUCUUUGAAAUGCAAUGGCUGUUAUUCCUUGUCCGAUUUUAAUCAAAUGUUCAGUAUUUUGUUUGUCUAAUUUUUGUUAUCUAUUCAAAUCAUUUAAUUUUAGCCUGGAGUACCCCUGUAAUCAUAUUUUAAAAAUAUUUUCAUUCCCUGAGCUCUGUUGGAUUUUUUUUUUUUUGGGGGGGGAGGGGGAUAUGGUUAACAAUAUUCUUCAUUUUCUUCUAAGGCAUAAUGCACCUGUCAAGUUGUUUUUCAAUCAGGAGUGCUCGGUAAUAUCUAACCUGCAGUUUGCAAUGCAGUCUUUUCUGUAUGCUUUAUUCAUCUUGUGCUCUUUUAUGAUUUGGUAAUUAUACCAUAUGCAUGCAUUUGGACAGUAUUAUAUUUAUUUGUUUUGUACUAAAAUUAGUUGUGGGAAUGGGAUAAUGUUGAUGGAGGAUUCCCCAAUCCAAUGCUGUAGUAUCGAUUUUAAGAACUCUAAGUCAUAUGUAUCUGAUUCUUUCGGUAUGAGGUAGGGGAGUCAUGUUGCCAUAUUGUGUGAUAUACAGUAAUCUUCCAGUGUUUGUAGCAUUCUGUGCAUUUGAAUUUCUCUCGUCAAUUAUUACAUUAUUUAUUAAGUUGUUUCCUGUUUUUUUCACUUCAGUGACAUGCAUGUUAUUUGUCAUCUAUUGCCAGUCUUCAUGAAUAAUGCUUUCCUGUAAAUUAUUUUUUUUCAAAUAUUCACAAAGAUAUAUGAUCAAUGUACAGCGUUGAAUAUAAUUUUGAGAGAUGUUGAUGAUUAUGUUGAAAACAAAAUACAAAUAUACAAAUUCAAUAUUCAAA